CCGCUGCCCCUCCCGCUUCCCCGGCCGUAGGCGCGGGCAGCUGCGGAGCGGGGUUGGUAGGCAGGGCGGUGGCGGCCGGGGUGAGGCGAGGACCCGGUGGAAGAGCCGAGGACCCCCUGCCAUUGGGGCCGGCGCGGAGCGGAACCCGCGGGAGGAGCGCGGGGCGGAGCGGAGCGGAGCGGAGCGAAGCGCGGCCCCGUCGCUGCCUGGAUGCCAGAAGCGCCUCGGGAGCCGGCGGCCGGCGGCACCCAGGAGGGCCCGGGGAAGGAGGAAGAAGCGGCAGAGGAGGAGGAGGAGGAGGACUCUGGGCGCGGAGCGGAGGAAGCAGACAGCGCUGGCCAUGGCCUCCAACUUUAACGAUAUAGUCAAGCAGGGCUACGUGAAAAUUCGCAGCAGGAAGCUGGGGAUUUUCAGACGAUGUUGGUUGGUUUUCAAGAAGGCUUCCAGUAAAGGACCGAGGAGGCUAGAAAAGUUUCCAGAUGAGAAGGCAGCAUAUUUCAGGAACUUCCACAAGGUAACUGAGCUGCACAAUAUCAAAAACAUAACUAGAUUGCCUCGAGAGACAAAGAAGCAUGCAGUGGCGAUUAUCUUUCAUGAUGAGACGUCAAAGACAUUUGCGUGUGAGUCAGAACUAGAGGCAGAAGAAUGGUGCAAACAUCUUUGCAUGGAGUGUCUAGGAACCAGGCUUAAUGAUAUAAGUCUUGGAGAACCGGAUUUGCUUGCUGCUGGAGUCCAGAGAGAACAAAAUGAGCGAUUCAAUGUAUAUCUUAUGCCUACACCAAAUUUAGAUAUCUAUGGGGAAUGUACAAUGCAGAUCACACAUGAAAACAUCUAUCUCUGGGACAUCCACAAUGCCAAGGUCAAGCUGGUCAUGUGGCCUCUGAGCUCUUUGAGGAGAUAUGGGCGUGACUCAACAUGGUUCACAUUUGAAUCUGGAAGGAUGUGUGACACGGGAGAAGGGCUGUUCACCUUUCAGACACGAGAAGGAGAAAUGAUAUAUCAGAAAGUCCAUUCUGCAACACUGGCAAUAGCAGAGCAACAUGAAAGAUUAAUGAUGGAGAUGGAGCAGAAGGCAAGGCUCCAGACCAGUCUAUCUGAACCAAUGACAUUAUCCAAGUCGAUCUCACUUCCUCGUAGUGCAUAUUGGCAUCAUAUCACCCGGCAGAACAGCGUUGGAGAAAUCUACAGUUUACAAGGUCACAGCCUGGGCUCAACGAAGGUGUCCCGGGCACAGACGUUUCCCAGCUACCCCUCGGAGCAGGGCGACGAGCACCAGCAGUCCGUCUCGCUGGCCAGCAGCUACACCUUCAGCUACGGCUCAGGCCUUGUGCAAUGACAGCUGGGGGCGGCUGGCCGAGAGAGACAGUCAAGCCUGGAGCCUGCUGCCAGGGCCAGGGAGCAGCGUGCACCCUCCACACCCACAAUUGCCAUGAAAACUGAGGUCUACCAGCUCCAGCCUGGCCCCCAUGAAGAUGGGAACCUGGAGAGGCAGCUUCCCUGAAGCAGAGGCUAAGUCUUUAUUUAUUUAUUUUGCCAUUCCUUCUGUCAAUAUGUUUAGGACGGAGAUGGUAGGGAGAGGGGGGAGGGGGGGGGGAGGGCAAGCAUUCAUGUUGUAAGAAAGUGGUUGAAACAAAUGAAACUGUGUUGGUGUGAAGGUUUCUGCAUGACCAGAGAAGGUCCUGUCAUGGGGAUCCGUCACGAUGUGCAUUUGACAUCAGAGUCUUCCUACCCAUCUCCUUCAGCAGGUCAGCCCAUCCUCACUGGUGACAUGUUUAGGUCCUCAUUGUAGCCCACUGACUCCAGCUGGAUUCAGUGAAAUGUUGCCAGUUAAACAAGCAGCAUAAGCACUGCAGGCAUUGCCUUUAGAGCCAAGCAGGUUCACUGACUGCCAUAGAGGGCCAGGUGGUUUUUGAUUCAGGCUUCAAUAGAUAUUGGAGGCAAGCUGAUGCUGUUUGUUGCAAAUAUAAUUUUAUGUACUAAGAUAAAGUUAUUGCCUAUUACGUAUCUUAUUUUUAAAAUUUCUGGGGCAUAAAUUCAGCUUUUACUAAUGUGAGCACACUUCUCCUGAAUGCCCCUAGGAGCUGCAAGUGUUCAUGUGAGCAGCAAAGUCUCAACCUUAGGACUGCUAAGAAGUUUUCUCAUUUGCAAAUUAUUUAAGUAACGGUGCCUGCAAGCAUAACUUUAAAAAGCAAGAAAACUGUUCUUCAAGCAAAUAAACAUGGGGUGCCUCCCUCACUGGCAAUCUCCUGUUCCAUGACUGAGCCAGACAUGGUACAGAAGCUGAUCUCUGGUCUUGUCUCUCUGUUCAGCCUUCCUUUGGUUUUCUCUGUUUCCUUCUCAGAUUUCUGAUUUAGAUGCACAUUGUACCUUGUAUGAUUAUGUAUCAAGCAUCAGUUUACUUUGAAAAGGAUGAUGAGUACAUGUCAAUGGAAAUUUUCUGUCUUUGGAAGACGUCUUUCAAAAGUGAACUGUAGUAGGUGUGUUUGUAAUUGGUAAUGAGCGAAUAAGUUGGAAGGCAUACCUGUAGGUGGGGAACAAGUUUUAUCUAUCCUGAAUAUUUAGAUUUUUGUAGGUGAUAUCAAAUAUUUAUGUACUUCUCACGAUGCCCUGAAAUGUCUGAAAAUGUGGGGAGAAAAAUCAGCUCUCUUACUAUCGUAUGAGAGGGCCUUGCGUUCUGUUCCCAGUAUGAAGCUGAUUGCCAUGAUUACCAGAGGAAUUAUUUUCAUUAGUUGUUUCUCAAGACAGGUCAAGGAAGCAUAUCAAGGAUGAGACACACAGACUCUAUUCCAAUUAAACAAUCAGUUUGAUGUACUAUAAUUUAACUGAAAAAGUGCUGUUAGGUUGUUUUAUAUAUACACAACUAUAUAUAUAUAUGUAUUAAAAAGUACAAAAGAAACUUCUGCUUUUGAUUAAACAUUUACUGAUACAGUAUGUCCAGCUUUUCUCCAACCAUUUUACAGACUAAGACUCUUUGCAGGCUUACAGCUUUCUACACCUCAGUGAACAGCUGCUGAAUAAAAAGGCUUUGUGAUCCGCUUGAAUGAAACACUUCUACCCCACCACAAUCAACUUUAUUUAUUUUUCCUCUCUUUUCCUGUCUCAUUCACUACCUCUUCUCCUUCUCACAGUGCUGCCAUACUCAGGAAUAGAAUGGCUCCCUACAGAGAAUAUUUUGAUGAAAUAAAAUGAAAAACUGCUCUCCCACACUGUCAGGGAGCUACACCCAUGGUGCUUCCUGAGCUGUACCCAUCAAGGAAGCUUCAUUCAUACUCUAAUUUAAGAAAAUUUUCAUUGAUGUUUUGCUUUGGGAAAAAAUCAAGUUUACAAAUGUUAUGCGCAAAAUGUGAUACAAAAGGAUAUAAUUCUAGUAUAAUUCUGUUAAUCAAGGAACCUUUGCCAAAUAUAUGCCUUUGGAGGAACUGGCCAAUUAUUUUUGUUUCUACACAACUGUGACUCUUUCACUUGCCCUAAAAACGUUUAUUUUCUUUAAAAUUCCUUAGAUUACGUUCCCAGUAUCUUCUGCAGUUUUUAAUGCCAUAUCCAUGUAAUUACUUUCCUCUGUGACUUGAAUACCAGUCAUUUAAUACUUUUAUAUUUUCCGUAGCCCUAAAGAAGGAAAAAGACAAAAUAGGAUCAUUAUCAGAACUCCUUUGCAGACCCAGUAUCCAUAUACUUUCAGAAUAUAAAUCCUAAAGCUAGUGCUUUAGCUGUGUUUGAAUAAAAACCUCAGAUCUAUAUAGUGCACACUUUCCAUUGCCUGCAAAAAGGUUCCCAGCUCUCACAGGAGAUUUUGUCUUCCUCUAUAGUGCCUGAAUAUUGCCUCAUUAGUGAAAAUGUAGAUGCUAUUUCAAAAAAUGUUUAUUGUAUGGGUUGGCCACGUAAAGGAGUUUUACUAAGUAUUUUCCAUUCAUUACAUAAUGCAACUAUCCUCUCAAUUCAUAUAUUUAUAAAUAUCUAUGAAAUUUCAUCUAGUAGCAACAGACAGAAAAUUAACUCCAGGGCAAACCUCAAGAAUGCUAUCAACAAAAGCAAAACUGACCUCUUGGGAACCUAUUUCUCGCAGACAGUAAGCACAAGCACACUGGAAGUUGAAGAUAAGGAUACAACUUCACAACAUACUGCAACACAGUCAAAGAAAACUGGGCACCUGAAGCACAAAGGUAUUCUGUGUCUAGUGGCAAUUGCCAUUAGUGCCACUCCAGAACAGCAGAUGAUACCAUUGUAAUAUAUUUGUACAGUUUCCAAAAUUGUUCCUCAAGAAAGCUUCAUGAGAACCAGGCAGGCACUAGGCCAACAGUUUGCCUGUUUUCAUGGAAUUGCUUUGAUUCCUGGCAUAUGCCUGUCAAUAACUUAAGUGAUUCCCCACUGAGACAACUUUGGACAGCUCCUAGUGGUUCUGCCAGAAGGGAAGCUCUCUUUUGGCACACAUGGUUGAGCUGCCUGCCUAGAGACUACAAGUGGCUAUAGACAGGCCCAGGGGUCCUACUGGCCCCUGUUCCAGUCUCGGCUGUCCUCAUAUGCAAGGCAUACGGUUAAUAUGUUCACUCCUGACCUGAGAGGAGCUCUCUGUUUUCAGCCAGUGAGCUGAGAGGAGCAGGAGGGCAACAACGUGUCUUCAGUGGUAGCCAGGUACAACUGGCGAAAAGGGAACUUAGCAUGAGUACAUUAUAAAAUGUUAAAAUUAAUGUAAGGCAAUUGUUUUCAAUCCAGUUCUGAGGAAAUGUGAAAACUAUUUAGCUGUAACUAUGAUUUUUAUUUUUUUUUUUAAAAAAGACCUUUACUAAGAAUACAUUCAUCCCUAUAAAUAAAUAACACACAGCAUUGCUGAAUAUACUUACCAGUACCUCUUAACUGACCAUUGUGGAUUGAUGCAUGCUAGUACUUUUGAUUUUGAAGUCAGUUGGUGUACAAAAGGAGAAAUUGAAGGAGCCUGGUAAUAAGUCAUAAAAUAGUGCUAAGGUAUCUGAGUAGCCCCAUUUUUUAAAUGGCCGUGUUUUAUUAUUAAUAGUUUGAAUCAUCUGUGAGUAUGACCUAUUGGAAUAAAUUUGCCUACUAAUGUAGAUGAAUGAGGAAGAAGAAUGUCUUAUAACAUGGACUUUUCUGCCUUACUGAAUAAAUGUUCAGGCUUUCUGUAGUGGACUCUGAUGGCAGGUCCUCACAUGUAACCGGCUUAUGCAAAGUUCUUUUUUUGUUUUUCCCCUAAAGCUAGCAAAUAAAGCUUGGAAACAUAUCGACAAACCAAAGAAGUUUGUUAGACAGCAACAAGAGCUUCUCUCUUUCAUUUUGUCGAAAGUGUUUCAGUAAUGUCAAAAACAUUUUGAGAAAAUACUUCAUUUCACAAGUGAAUAGAAAUCCCUUUGGGGAGUAGCAAACAUAUUUCUAAUCAAGUCUUAUUCUAAACUGAUAAGACCAUGCUGGAAGAGGGGCUGAAAUUACCUGAGGUCAGAAAUCUUUUGAAGUGCUCUCUAUAGCAAUAAUUUAUAGUAUGCAUACAGCCUGCAAUAAUGUAUAGCAUGCAUACAGCCUGUGGCACCCGCUUAUUUAGGAGUUGCUAAGUGCAGGCAGACUGUGAAAACCCUCACCUGUUCAAGGCAAACAGAAAAAGAAGAGCUUUAGUCAGAUCUCUCUAUUGCAUUCAUCAGAAAAGGAAUGAACUUCAUGCUUGUUCAGCUCUUGAUCUCUAGUGUAAUAGGCAAUACCAUGAAGAGUAGUGAUUUUUGAGCUAUUUGAUCUCUAGAAAAAAAUCAUCAGCCUGUAGCGUAUAAACCUCUACUCAGACUUAGCUCAUCAGCCACAUUCAUUAAUUUUCAAUUGGUAACCUAGAAACUGCAGGAUGGUUUUCCAUGACAAAAUAUAAGUCUCUUAAACGGCUGUGCUUUCUAGCAUGAAAUACGGUGUUAUUUAUUUACUACUGUUUCUUCCUCAAAAGAAAUGAGGAACGCAUUUCAAUUAAACUGUCUUUUAGGGUGUAAUAUCAGAGUAUUUAUCUCCUUUUAUAACUGCUGAAAAUAAAUAAACAUGGCUUUUAUCCUCACACAGAGUAGCCUGGACUGUGGAGAAACUGUGAAAAGUUCCUUGAUUAUAGGAACAGAUCCAGCACUGGAACAUUUCAUUUUUCCAUACUUCAUCCAAAUAUUUGUGACUCUUUCCAAACCAACUUGUUUCACAGCUUGUGUAUAUUAGAAUCCUUUACCUUUCACCACUGACAACUGGUCAGGGCUAUGCUUUGUUAGCAGAAAGUAAUAACUGUGCACACCACCGAGGUGGCAAAACUUUAAAAUCAAAGGGUGUGAGGUUUGAUAUAUUAAUUCUGAAAAUGUAAAGUCUUGAAAUCCAUACAGGGUGCUGUGUUUGUUCUUGAUAUUCUAAAUAAACGCUCUUCGCUUUUUAUUUUAGAUAAAGGUGUGUGUUAUACUGGAAACAUGUACAGGCACAUGGUGAAGUAAAAGUCCAAGAACACUGUCAAAUUGGUUGUAGCAACUGGAAGUCUGUCCAUUCCCACACCCUUACAGGCCAGUGAAAGGUGACAGAUGAAGCUGCUGUGUAUUCAGCAGUUAUUGAAAUGGCAUGUGCUUUGAAAGGUAAAUAUUACAAUCCCAAGGUGAAGGGUUUCUCCUAAAGAAAAUGGAGGUUCCACUUUACGAAGAUGCUUUUAGUAUCUUCACAUGCGUACGCAGUUUGAUGGAUUUUUAUGGAUAUGGUUAAAACAGAUAUGAAAGGAACUAAUAUUUAAGUAUGAUGAAUUAUGAUUAAAACAUUUUAAAAUGUUGAUAUUGAUAUGCAUGUUGCAAGUUGUAAUGGAGAAUAGAAUUCCUUUUUAAGUAAAUGAAGGCUUAAAAUCCAAUAUGCUAUUUAAGAUGAAGGAGUUAAUCUUUUUAAAUCCAAUGAAAGUCCCAAAGAAGGGUUAAGGUUUCAUUUUUUUCCUUGAGUACAGAAAUCCUCAUGAGGUUAAACAGAUUUACCUCAUUCUGUUCUUACAGUCCUGAGACUGUUAAGAGAGUGGAUACAUUUUACAGUAGUGUUUUUUUUUUCUCUAACAGUAUUUGACAUAACUGAAGUUAACCCUCAUUUUUAAUAUGGGCUGCAUGUUGUUUUCAAUCUUUUUAUGAUUGUAUGACAGCUAGACUGCAGCACACAUAGAAAACAGCACAAAAUUAAUCAAUUGACUUGGCAGUUUGAUACCAGUAACAAAACUAACAGUUUCGGUUAAACGUUUAUUCCUAUUGUGGCUCCUAUAUCUAAAACAGAAAAAAAAUAUAUAAAAUAGAGCUGUCCUCAUUGAUGUUAAUUGUUGCAUUUCCUGAGUUUCUGUAGAUGACAGGAUGUGACAGGAGAUAUUUAUGUUCUAGAACUGAUUUUUGUAAGUUGAACUGAUUUAAGAUGGUUACAAGGAAAAAUCAGACAACGCAGAAAAAAUCUAUUAUGACUUUCUACUCAAGUAUGACAUAUGCUCACUCCUUUUCACUGCUUUGAGGUUUAUUUCCUUCUUUGAAAAACACAAUUUUAGAAGGAAAGUUUCUGAAAUCUAAUGAAAAUGAUAAGGUAAGAAAUCAACAAAAAAAUAAUAAUCAAAUCUGUAACCUUUAGAAAGAUUGGGAGAAUUUAGGAGACUUUUAGCACAUAGCAGUGGGUCAUGCUGAGUGCAGUACAGCUUCCCAGAACAUUCAAAAUCUAAUUUUAUCAAAGCUGGGAACAAGAUCUUGUGUUUAAUGCAACUUAGAGCUCUAUGGUGUUCCAUGGCAAUAGGCUCAGAAGUGCUCAGUCCAUUUUCCCUAACAGGGCUUUAAGAACCAAGAGCCCAGCUAAAGUGCAUUGUGCAAUCUAGUGCUCAAAAAAUACGUACAAUGCAUCAUAAUUGUUACCAUACAAUUCUGCAGCCUGAUAUUGCUAAAAAUAUGAUGUAAGAGUAUUUCAGAGCUGAUCAGGUCAAAUUCGGGAUAAUAAGAGCAGUGUUUGCAUUUAUGAUGCAUAAAAAUACGUAGGUGCUCCCAUUUCUAUAUCCAAUUACAAUUCAGCAAAGUUCUGUGAGAAAAGUCCUCUCUUAGUACAAUUUUUGUGUAAGUUAUGGAAAUUUAAAAUAAACUAAUAAAUGUCUGCUUCAGACAUUUUUUUUUUCAGAGAAAGACACAAAGGAAAAGAUACUGUGUAUUCCUAUGACUGUAUCUUUGUAUGAUAAGUGGUUGGUCAUUUAAAUCAUGUUUGAAAACUUACUGCUUCAUAAGAUUAAUGAUUUAUAUACUGUAACAUUAUAAUUAAAUAAACUGUUAAGAAAAGUGUUAAAUCUCCUUCAGAAUCACCAAACUACUUUUUUUCUAAAACUACAUAGUUAUCAUUUUAAGUAAGCAUAAAAUUAGAAUAAAAAUGUCAAUGUUAGUAAUUUAUAUUAGUUAUUUUAUCGAAUUGUACUAGCUAAUAGUGUUGAUGUGGAGCUAAUAAAUACUAGUCUUUUGAAACUUGCUGUAAAUAAAUUUCUAUAUUUCCUUUGUAAUUUCAAGCUUGACCCUUAUGUUCUAAGCACAGGUAGUAAGGUAAAACUCCAGUUUUGUAACUCAUCAGAGCAGUGGCACAGUGGCGUGGUGGCAGCCUCACAUAGCUGAGGGUGCUCAACCUCACAUAGUUGAGGGUAUCUAAUAAUCCUGAGGCUCUUUUAUUUCAAAGGAAGUGUACACAAACUUCCUACGUAUUUGUCCUAUGGUUGUCCAAGUUCUCACCCUUUUCCUGUCAGUAAUUACUGUGUAAGAAGGGGCUAGAAUGGAAGAAAACAAAGCAUUAUGGGAGAAAGCAGAAAUGAGGAUGUUCUUGCUGGAGGAGUGCCCUACUGAGUCCUGUGAGCCCACUCCUGGCUCUUCUUCUUAGUCCUUAAAGCAUGAGUUGUUUCUGUGCAGGAGCUCAGCUUGAAGAGGAAGAGUACGACAGGCCGUGUCUACUGCAGCCUAUGGGAGGAACUUAGCUAAGGUCUUCCAUUCCCUGGCUGAUUCGGUAGGUAGGAAGCUGUAUGAAACAACUAUGGUUGCAGAAACAGCUGGGAUGUCAUUUGCCAGUGAAAAGCCUGAUCCAACUCAGUGAUUUGAAUACCACUGUGUCUGUAGACUCAGACUGGGAUCCUUCAUACUAGAUGUCAAAGGGAAAGUGGCCAUCCUGACUUCCAACACAUACUCUGAUAUCACAUCCCAGCAUGGUGUACCGACAGGGAUACAUCUUUAUCUCAGCAGUCCUGUGCUCUAGCCCAGUUCCCCAGGAAUGUGUGAGUAUUUGAAAUGUCUAUUGGGUUGCUGUACUUCCACAUUAAAUAAUGCAGUCUGAGAAGCUGAUGUGUAGUUUCUACUUCUGGGGUCUGCAGCCUAUCUUGUAGGUGGGAUUUGGAACUAACCCUUAGUAUCAGACUUACAAAGCUGUUUAGGGGAUUAACUUCUACUGAGCAUUUGGGCUUUAAAGGAAAUAAGCCUUCUUCCACUUGUGCUGGGGAGUAGUCACUGAGGCAGUGUUAGCUGGUGUAGAUAAGUACCAUUGAUUUGAACUUUUACAUAGCUCAGUGACACAGAAGGUUUAGAGGAACAAGCUAUGAAGAUAAAAAAAGAAAAUAAACAGAGUCCUGAAUCCCGAAGGUCUUUAUGGUUACACCAAAAAUAAAAUAAAAUAAAAUAAAAUAAAAAACAGAAAUCAAUCUGAUACUGAGAUCAGUCCUUUGAAAUCCUUUCUUUUUCUGAAGUCUGUUUUCUUAUUUGAAUCUUUCAGGAGUAAGCAGCCACCUACCUAUGAUCAAACUAAGAUCCGAAGAGCAGGUGGAUUGUUUACUUGUGUUGCACGGUUGUUAAAACUAAUUAUUUCUGUCAGUCAUUACAAAAUGUAAGGUACCUCACAGAAAAGGUGCCUGGGAAUUUAAGGCAGGUGGGAUUGGAUGGAGGAUUAAGUGUUAAACUACUCUUCCUAAAGUGGGAGUUUGGAGAAGUCCAGGUUAUUCCAUUCCUCGUUGGACCCAGGCCUUGUAGCAGACUGAUUCCUAACCGGUGCAUUGUUUAACCCGAAGAUGCACAGCCAAGGAAGAUGAAAAGACAAGCAGAACAGUCACUAUCAUGAAUAUAUUACAGGGUCGGGGAAGCUCUUUAAGUUGUAGGAACAUAUUUGAGAUAAAGAAAGGAAGAUAUAGUAACAAGAGUUGAUGUAGUAAACUACUGUUCUAACUUGCACCGUCUUUCAUAGACAGUGGGUUUAGUACUCUCCCUGUUGAUCCAAAGUCUGGCGACUGCCUCUCCUGUGUUAAAAUAAACAAAAUGAAAAAUGUCUGCUUCAGACUUUUUAUUUCAGAGACAGAUUUGAAAUGUUUUUUUUUCUCUGAUUUCUUUUUCAAAAGUGAUAUGAGUUUAAGCUCUUUAAUGACUUAGUGUUCCUAUUAAUCUGACAGGUACUAAAAGUACCACAAUUGAAUUUUCCUUUGUACAUGAGGCUUAAACAGCUGCCUUUUUCACCCAGCAUAAACCAUGACUGCAGAACAUGAUUUUUGAUUAUUAUGGAAAAGAAACCUAGUUUUCCUUUUCUUAAAAUCUCGUAGGUUCAUUUUCUAGUUGCACAGAAAGUAGUUACCCAAUGACUCAAGACACUGUUGUUUAAUGGAAAAAUACUUUCUUAUCUUUAUUUCCUUUCAGUAGAGUUUCUAAGGCUUUAAAACAACAACAAAAAAAGACAGUUCAGAUUGCGUUCUGAGCUAUCUUCUGUCCGUAGCUGUGUCAUGUUUCUUCCUUGAUUUUUUUCUCCCUUUUAACUAUUUGAGCAAGUAAAACGGGAUUAAAUAGCACAGUAACAGUUCGAGAUGAAAUAUCCGAGUUACAGUUGAUUAAUUUUACCCAAAAAGAAAGUAACAGUUUCCAAAAGAGAAAGGCAAGUCUAUAGGAAAUGUUGAAAUUAAACACAAAUAAACAAUAGAUUAUAUUAUUCUGCACUGGAAAGGCUAUUUACAUAAUCCAUACUCAGUCACAGCAAACAGACUCUCACUAGGUCCCAUCCUCCUGGACUCAUAAAACAUUUAAAGAGAUUUAAUAUCACAUUUCAAAUGACACUUCUGGAGGUUUUUCUUGUGCAUAACUUGUUUUUAAACCACGGAGAAUAUUGAUGAGGUAUGAAUUGUUUUUGGUUUUUAUUUGUAUCAGUCUCAUGUUCAGCUGCUGUUCACUGAUAUUACAAUGAUACAAAAAAAUGAAACUGUUGUUUUGGGUUUGUUUUAUGAAAAAAAAAUACUGUUCUUAUUAUGUUAUGUGUAAUGUGAUUUUCCAUGUGGACUAUCUUGAUAGAAGUAAUAUGUCUAUGGAAUUUGAAUUAAACUAGAUUAAAUAUCUGCAAAGUUGUGCACUAUAGAUUUUUUUUUUCUUCCUCAAAUCUCAAAAAUAAGCAAUUAUUUUGAAAAAAGAAAAAAAAAAAAAAAAAGAAAUGCAUGCAGACAAGCUA